GACAAUUACGUUCGAUCGAACGAAAGUUUCCUUCAAUCGCCUGACCGACCACUUUCGUAACUUUCUAAGAAUUAGAACUGGAUACGGAUAGAAGUGGAAAUGGACAUUGUCAGCUUCGCGGUAAUAUCGUAUCAAUUUGACAGUUUCGUCAUAAAACUGUCUCGAGAAUAACAGAGUCGGCGCAUUGUUCGAAAGCGCAAAGACGAAAUGCAUGGAACUCUAAAUUAACUAAUUAUUAGGCGCAAGAUCCCGAGUAUCCAUUCGUUCUGCGCGAAACAUCUUCGUUUCGAAUUCGAUGAGGGGGAUGAUGCAGCCGGAAAUAGCAGAUCGGAUGACCGAUCCUUCCUCUUCCCCUCGUCCUUCGGGGAUCUGUAGUCCGUAGGGUCUACGCCUCUGCCUCUAUAGUGCCUUUGUCCUCGCGACGUGCAGAGGAGAGGGCGGAGGAAGAAUUCGCGAACACGUGGUGGGGGAGUGACAAUGACAAGUAUGACAACCGCGCAAAUUUGCGCGGGGCUGCGCGGGGCCUCGUGAGGACCGGCUGUAAUUUGUAAUUCUAGCGACACGUAUAAACGAUCUUCGGCCUCGGAAUGAUUUCGUUGACGAAGGAAACCGAAAGAAACGUGGUGGAAGUCGCCGAGGUGACCGACGCUCAGGACGAUCCGUACGACGUGGAGAGAUGCGCCCGUUGGGUCCGGACGAACGCCUUGAAACAGGUAUGCCUACAGUUUCCGGACAGCCUGCUACCGGAUUCGGUGGAGGUUGCGCUACGUUUGGAGAAAAGCCUAGGGCGAAAGGUGUAUAUCUUAGGUGAUACGACCUGUGGUAGCUGUUGCGUCGACGAGGUAACGGCGCAGCACGUCGACGCGGACGGCAUAAUACACUUCGGACACGCUUGCCUCAGCCCCACCGCUCGCUUGCCCGUCUUUCACGUUUUGCCGAGGAAGCGAUUGGACGCGACGGCACUCUGCGACGAGUUCGUGCGAAUUUUUCCAGAUUGCGGGAAGAAGAUUAUAUUUUUCUACGACGUGGCAUACGCGCAUGAGAUUGAAAAUGUAUAUAACGCAUUGAAACCUGUAUAUAAACACUUAGUUUUGUCUAAAUUAAAUUGUACGUCGAACGUGGAAUAUACCGAUACGAGAGUAAGCUCGGCCUCAGUCGUCUUGGGUAGAGGUUACACCUUAGAAAAUGGAUAUAACGUACAGGAUUACGAAGGGUUCUUCUUGGGCGAGGGAGAAAAGACUCUCGCGUUAUUAGCGAUGAGUAUACCCGUGAAAAGGUGGUACUGUUUCGCAAACGGUAAAAUUGGCGAGUUCGAAGCGUUGAGCACACCUUGGUUGAAGCGAAGGAGAUUCCUGAUAGAGAAGCUGAGGGAUGCCAGAGUUGUGGGAAUUGUGGUGGCCACAUUGGGCAUUCAGGAAUACCUGACGGCUAUUAACACCGUGAAAAGAACCCUCAAACAGAAAAAUAAAAAGUCUUAUCUUCUCAGUGUAGGAAAGAUAAAUCCUGCCAAGCUCGCAAAUUUUCCAGAGAUCGACGCCUUUGUCGUGAUAGCUUGCCCAGAGAACGAGGUAUUCGACUCGAGAGACUUUUUUAAGCCUAUGCUUACGGUGUACGAAGUUGAAUUAGCAUUUAACAGCGCGAGGGAGUUCUGUCCGCAAUAUUUCAUGGAUUUUCGACAAAUAUUACCCGGCGGUCCUCACUACGUCGACUUUAAGCCGUCAACGGACUCGGAUGUUUCUCUCAUUACUAGCAAUGUCAGAAAUUGCGAGGACGACACUCUAUGUACAGAUCAAAUGAAUGCUCUGACAGUCCGUUCCUCAGGUACUGUUGCCAUUGGCAAGGCGGGGGCUCAAUAUCUACAAGAAAGAUCUUGGAAGGGUGCCGAACAGCGACUAGGCGAAGAUCCUGUACAACCAGCGGAAGCUGGUCGCGUUGGAUUAGCGUGGGAAUACACGAAUGAACCUUUAAAAACAGAUAAACGUGACGCACAAGCGGAAUAAAUAUAGCGUUUUUAGAUA